AUUUUCAGAUUGAUAUCUGACAGAACCUCUGUAGCUUUAGGUUUCGGACUGAUCGAGUGUCAUUAAAGCGAGAAGUUUUAGACGUCGCAAAGAUUUCUCGUUGAUGUAUAACAGGUUUGUUUAAAAAAUACAACGAUCAGGUUCGUGAGAUAAUACGUUUUGCUCCAUUUUUGACUGUUGUUUCGUGUAAUAUCGUUCUUAAUGGCGCUUGACUGCUUUCCUCGUGAGCUCGUCUGCAUUCCGACCACCGUUCGGCUGCCGUGACGAUAUUCAUGACGUAAUUAAGUUAUACUAUGGUGGUAUGUUAGUUGUGAAUUCUCGUUUGGCGAUUUAUUUACCAUUUUGCCCUGUCACCGCGAUUGAGUAAUAAAACGUGAAACUCUUGGCACGUCCCGACGGACAAAAUGGAUAGCAACAAGGAUGAGGCAGAACGAUGCAUGGAAUUCGCGGAACGUUACAUGCGAGAGAAGAAAUACGAGGAAGCGGAAAAGUUCGCUCGUAAAGCUCAAAAACUUUACCCGAUGAAAAAGUCUGAAGACUUGUUAGCAGAAGCAUCAACACUUUCAAAGCAAAAUCAAAAGCCUGAACCUGCUGAACCUACUAUUAGAAAACGUCAAAAUGUACCUAAAGAUGGAACAUAUCCUCAGACUGGAAGUGAAUAUACAAAAGAACAAUUGGAACAGGUGAAAAGGAUAAAGAAAUGCAAGGAUUAUUAUGAGAUCUUAGGAGUCUCUAAAGAAGCUACUGACAGUGAUGUUAAAAAGGCAUAUAAAAAAUUAGCGCUGCAAUUACAUCCUGACAAAAAUAAAGCACCAGGUGCUGCUGAAGCCUUCAAGGCAAUCGGAAAUGCAGUUGCUAUCCUUACCGAUCCUGAGAAACGGAAACAGUAUGAUAUGUAUGGUCCUGAGGAAGAACGAAUGCAGAAUGCGCAAACUCGCCAAGGGCAUUCGCAUUAUAAUUACACUCGAGGAUUUGAAGCUGAUAUUACAGCUGAGGAAUUGUUCAACAUGUUCUUUGGUGUUGGUUUCCCACAACAAGAAUUUUAUAUGCGUCGUGCAGGAAGAUGGAUGAGGCAGCAGGAGGCACAGGCACAACAUGCUCAUUCCCAGCCAAAUAAUGGAUAUACCACAUUUCUUCAGAUGUUGCCAGUUCUGUUACUAAUAAUGUUAACUAUGAUGAGUAGUUUUUUCAUAUCUGAUCCAGUUUAUAGUCUGCAUUCGAAUUCGAAAUAUUCCGUAUCCAGAACAACCCAAGGAUUGAAAAUACCCUAUUAUGUUAAAGAAAACUUUCAUAGUGAAUAUCAAGGCAGUCUACGUAGAUUAGAAAUUUCAAUUGAAGAGGAAUUUAAGCUUAGUCUGAAACAAACUUGUUCUAGAGAGAGAAAUUACAAGGAAAGCAUGAUGUGGAAGGCCCGUAAUUUUGGAGACCAAGAUCUAUUUAUGAAAGCUAAAAAUCUUGAAACACCUUCGUGUAGAAGACUACAGGAGAUGCAAGCCUGAUAGACAAAACACGUAACUAAAUAGAAGUCUGUUGUAGAUAGAUGUAUAUUUACACACACACAUAUAUAUAUAUAUAAUCGUUUUCGGGUGUAACAAGAAUGCCUGACACAAGGUGAAAUUAUGUAUAUCACAUUUUUGUGUGUACACCCAAAGUAAAUUCGUAUAUUUAUCAAAGUCCACACAAUGUUCUCUCGAAAAGAACAUGUAUCUAUUGCAUAUGUUUCCGUUAUUUAUUCCAUGUGUAAAUUAUAGAUUGCAUAACGAAUGACUAAGUACAAUAUGGCAAAAUUUAAAAUUUUAGUUGUUGGACUAUAGAAAAUAUAAGCGGAGAAAUUUUUUUGUUCGCAUAACUCUCGCUUAUAAAUGAAUCAUAUUUAUGUAUUGGUUUCAAAAAUCGCUUAGUGAUUUGUAAAACCAACAAUGCAGUAUGUAUAAUUUUUAUUAAGCGCCACAUACAAAAUUUUGGUACUAUGAAAUGCCAUUAAGGUACCAGUUAUUCUAGAUACUCAAUGAUUUAUAAUGAGUGAAAUAAGAGCCUAGUACUUGUAAGUACACAACCACACAGAUAACUACAAUAUAAACUAAUUAUUGUGAGAAACUAUAUAUAAUCUCAGUGAUUCGUAUUUUACACCUGAAAAGUGUUAUUGGCAUACAUUUCAGCCAAUUAAUAUGUGCGUAUUCGAUGGCUUUUAAACAUUUAUAAACUUAUGAUUAUGUAUAUAAUUCAGCAGGAAAGGGAACAAUUUAACAAAGAUAUAUUUGGAUAAUUUUAAUCUCCAUUCAGCUAGUCAUUUUUUUAAUUUCUUUCCUCAUCUCUAUGUUGAAUUUUAGUUGUGAUUUUGGUGUUAAAUUAUAUUCAAAUACACCUUUUAUUAAUUUUAUACAAUCAAAAGAAAAUUUAAUAUAAUACACAAAUACAAUAAAAAAUUAUAUAAUAUAUAAUAAAAUUAUUAUACAGGAGGUGUCUGAUGAUAUAAUAUAUAAAUCUCGCAACCACGUAAACUUUAGUUAUUAAUUAAAGAAGAUUGCUGAAUGAUUCCCUAGGCAGUCCAAUGUCCAAAACAUGGGACAUAAGAUGUCUUUAAGAUAUCUUUAAGACAACUUAAAGACAUCUUAUGUCUAGAUAUCUUAUGUUCCGGUUUUGGACAUGUGUGCUGUCUGGAUCUUUCGGUAGUUUUCUUUAAUUAAUAACUCAAAAUUUUACGUGGUUGUUUGCAAUAUGAUAGAAGAUUUUUCCUAAUUUGACCUAGUCUAUACAUAACACGAGAGAUUUAUAUAUUGUUAGAUAAUACUGUGUACAACAAGAAAUUUAAUAUGAUUUGCACACUUCAAAAUAAAUUUAUUACAACAAUGUUAUUAUAUAAAGAUAAAAAAAUUCAGUAAGUUUUCAGUGAAUUCUAAACUACUACUACAUAUUUUGAAGAAUAAUUUUUUAGAAUUGGUACAAAAUUCUUGUUUGUAAAAAUCUUUUCAAACUUAAUUAUAUAUAGCUUAGAUAAGCUUUAUUCCACUUUUGUCAAUAUAAUUUUUGAUAGUAUAGGUAAGAUUUCUGAAUAUAAUGUGUGAAAUUGAGAAAUCAUCAAUAGGAUUCAUUCAAUAUAGAGAAAUAAUGUGGUUAAAAUGAUUGAUAUAAAUUUUUUGCAUGUUAUAAGAUAUCAAGUUGUGAUAUAUAUGGAUUAUAUUACAGAGAAUUUUUCUGUGUCAGAGAACCAGAUAUUGAUAUUAAUGCUGCAAUUUUAAACAGAAUCAUAAGAUUUGUAACUUGCUCAUAAAAUUCGCAAGAACUUAUGAAUAGAUCUACAAUUCUAUAUGUAAUAUAUGUCGUACGAUCAUUCGCAAAUAUUUACGAUUUCAUAUAAUUUACGAUAUUUACAAGUGAUUGUACAACGUAUAGUACAUAUAGAAUUGUAGAUUAAUAAGUUCUUACAGAUUUUAUACAUGGAAAUGUUAUGAGACUUACGAUUUUGUUUAGAAUUGUAGCAUAAAUCUCUGUUGAUAAUAACAUGCAUCUUAGGAUAUUACUAAACAAAUUGUUACAUGUAUAAAUGUUUAGAAUCACUAUUACAUAUAAUUUUUAGCACAUACAUCUUUAUAGUAAAAAUAUAAAUUAUGUUUAAUAUAUUCGCCUUUUCUGGAAA